AUGGCAAUGGAUAAAAUCUUUGAUUUCGACAACCAGGAGGAAUUCGUGGCAAAGGCUGUGGAGUCGCGUGAUAACUUAGAGAGAUGUGGAUUAAAAAUGGGAUACAGUGACAACUGGAAGGACGACCUUGUUUCCUCGUUGAGGAGACUAAACAUGAGCAAUGAUGGAAUUGGCGAAGUGAUGCACCAGCUGGUGACGAACGUGAUCAAAGAAUUUCGACAUCCAACGAAACAAUACAACUUUGACAAAGAUGAUGGCCGUGGACGACUGGCUGUUCCAAAGAAAACGCCAUUAAUGAGUGUGAAAUUACUGCUAGCAGAGAAUGAUAAGAGAAGAAACCCACGUUAUAAAUCUGUAGUGUUGCGUUCUAUGAAGUAUGACCGUUUCGACCCAACUGUGAUCUCUCGUUGUUGUCAGAAACCCAAAACCAAUGCGAGCAUAGCUAACCACGCGUCUUCAAAUACAGCCCAGGAUUUCAAUAAUGAACAUGAAGCUGGGAUCGAAGAAAUUGCUCCAUCAAAUAAAGGAGUGGCUGACCUCGAUCUUGAUGGAAAUGGCACAGCUGAUUGUCAGUUUCUUCAUCACGACGAUAGAUUUGCGUACUCUUCGUAUGUGCACUGGCCUCAUUCUCAAGGAUCAAAUUGCGACCCUGCAACAGAUUCCUUGCCCACCAUAGAACGUAAUCCAUGUAUCGAAGAGAAUUCAACUGAAUGCUCUAAUUUGAAUGAUAUCGUGGUGCAAGUUUCUAUUCAUGUUGGUUAUCCUCGUCCGCUUGAAAAAGAAGAACUGCGACUUGGUAGAUUGUUGAAAGUAGUCGAUCGUUUUCUGGUUCUCGGUUCCAAUACCCUGAAGGAACUGAAGGAUUCAAUCGAUUGUCCGGCAGACUAUUAUGUGUUUGAUGAUGUUAGUCAGCGAUUUCUUACAGAUCAAGAUCUUUGUAAGCAAGACCUUCAGUUUCUCGAAUUGCAUAUGUUUCUGGUGAAAGAAUUGUUUGGAUAUAAACAAUUUACACUCGGCGAUAUUUUUUUCCAGUACCGUUAUCCAUCCUCGUUCUUCUUUAUUCACGAUACAUUCUAUAUUGACCUUGAACCAAAAGGAUCGCAAGAUAUUACAGAAAUGAUCCGUACUUGGGCGACCGAGAGAGGGCUUGGUGGAACGAAGGUAGCAGACAUGAAUACAACGAACGAUGACGUCCAUCCAACAGGUCCGUAUCCAUUGCCAUUCUAUGAGCUCAACACUCGCCGAAUUUCUUGCGCUGGAUGCAAAAUGGCUACCUCUGAAUGGGUGGUAUGGAAUCACGAGAGCACACCAGUCCCCGUUCAGUAUUUUUGUGAAUCAUGCUAUAACGAUCUAAACUUUGAUGUAUUUGGAGAGAGAACGUUUAAUUUCAAAGCAGCUCCAUUGUACGAUCGUCACAAUAGGAAGACAGAUUUCGUCGAACGUGAACAUUUUGACGCAGUCGAUAAUGCCGUACCGGACGAAGAAAUAGCAAGUGAAGCGAUUUAA